GGGGCUGUGCGAAGGAGAGUUACGGGGGGGGGCAGUGUGGGCCCGGUGGACCAAGCCCUUGAUUGGGCAAGGGAGACCUGGGAUCUGUCCCUGGCUCGGCCACUAGCCUGGGUGGGUGACCUUGUGCACCUCACUUCACCCGCCCGUGCCUCAGUUUCUCCAUCUGGGAAGUAAGGGUCGUGAUAGCGAUCUCCCUUGCGAAGUGCAUUGAGCUCUAGCGGUGAAAGGAGACACACAAGAGAUGGAGGAUGGUCUGAGUGGGGCAUGGCUCUGUUGCCCACCUGUGGUCAUUACCCACCGCCUUGGUGCAGUGAGUAGCCUCCUUCUCCAGUCAAGUGUGUGUCAUUGCUUUUGGUAGCUUAUGUUUUCAUGUCUCUGUGGUUUUGACACUGAGGUGAUGGAAAAAAUCUGUAGGAUGUGACAGUUAAGAAGCAGUCAUGUCAGCUCUUUGUCCACCUCCUUCUCCUGCUGUUGCCAAGACAGAGAUCUCCUUGAAUGGGGACUCACCAUUACUAGCUGCUACUUUUGCCUACUGGGACAAUAUUCUUGGACCUAGAGUCAGACACAUCUGGGCCCCAAAGACAGAACAGAUGCUUCUCAGUGAUGGAGAAAUAACUUUUCUUGCAAAUCACACACUGAAUGGGGAAAUACUUAGGAAUGCAGAGAGUGGAGCAAUAGAUGUGAAGUUUUUUGUCUUGGCAGAAAAAGGAGUAAUUAUUGUGUCAUUAAUCUUUGAUGGAAACUGGAAUGGGGACAGAAGUACAUAUGGACUAUCAAUUAUACUUCCACAAAGUGAACUUGGCUUCUAUCUUCCUCUUCACAGAGUGUGUGUUGAUAGGUUAACACAUAUUAUAAGGAAAGGAAGAAUAUGGAUGCAUAAGGAGAGGCAAGAACAUUUCCAGAAGAUCAUCUUGGAAAGCACAGAGAGAAUGGAGGAUCAGGGCCAAAGCAUCAUUCCCAUGCUGACAGGAGAAGUUAUUCCUGUAAUGGAACUUCUUUCAUCUAUGAAAUCACACAGUGUUCCAGAAGAAAUAAAUAUAAGUGACACAGUGUUAAAUGAUGAUGACAUUGGGGACAGUUGCCAUGAAGGUUUUCUCCUCAAGUAUGGUCUUGCUCUCUGUUUUAUGCUGUUAUGAAACCACUUUAAAAGUAAAUGAUGCCAAUGUCUCUUAAUUGGUUGUUUUUAGGCUUAGAAGGAUUAGAUUUCUAUUGGUAAAUGUUGAUUUCUCCAGAUAUGCACAAAGCAACAA